UCACAGGUUCGGUAUAAUUCUGUUUGUUUUAUAGUAUUGAUGUCAAUUGAUCGCGCGGCUUUGUAAGUCGUUAUAAGUGAACAUGACAAGCCACAUAAGCGACGUAAGGCCGCGUCCUCAUCAUGCUCGAAGAGAUGUUUGUGGUUCGAGGCCUGCUUACCGUCAAGGUAGGAAAGCCACUGCCGUGAAAGUGUUCACAAUCAACCAAGAGUCCUGCUAUCUGCUGAUAAGCAACGUCAGUGCUGUUGGUGCCGGCGAGGACCUGAAGGACGCUUGCCUGGAGUAUGGCGACAUCGAUGACUUUCAUGCCGUCGAUGGCUACGACACUGAAGAAUUCACCGAGACCUACCUGGUGAAGUUCGCCCGCGUACAGUCGGCCAGGAUAGCCAAGAAGAAACUCGACGAGAGAUCUUUCUUCGGCACUGUGUUGCACGUCUGCUACGCGCCCGAGUUCGAGACGCUUGACGAGACUCGCCACAAAAUAAUCGACCGUUGCAAGUACGUCGCAUUCAAAACUGGGCAACAUUUCAGGCCGAUUACAUCUCGAGGUCGCAAAAGACGCAGUGAAUCCGUGGGCUUUCCUCCCGAAAAGCGCGCUUCCGCACCGACCUCUUAUAUUUGGGCCGGCCAAGAGUACUCGUGGACUCAGUCAAGCACCGUGCCUGUCUCGUCAUCGCCUUUAUGCGUGAAUCCGUUGUACAACGAUCAACCACUGAGCUUCAAUGACGCCCCGCGCCAGAACGCCACCAGCAGCGAAAGGUCUUCGGCACCCAAGAACGAGCCGAGUUGCUCAAGUUCUCAGCUCGUCACAGACGCUUACGAGAGAACCAUCUCGUUGAUUCGAGACAAGGUUAAAGGAGUGGCGGUUCCGAACACGGACGUACUCCUAAGAAAACGAAAGCCGUGACUGUUUCCUACACCUGUGUACUUUGCGACAGCUUAGUGCCCGUAGAAGACAAUUUGCGACGCUCUUUAUGUCAAGCUACGAAGCUGGAAUUCAUUGUUGUGAAGUUAUUUUCUGAUAUAAAUAUUGUUUUCAAAAUGUCA